AUGCCCGAGGUGGCUGGCGAUGCCAUCGUGGUUCAGCCCAACGCAGGUCAGGACAAGAGGGCGAAGACCGAGGGCGGCGGCGGCAAGGGCAGCGAGGAGAACAACGGCAAGCUGUUCAUGCUGGUGGCCCGGCUUCUUCUAGCCACCACGCGUGGCAUGGCAGACCUGUCGGAGGCGGUGUCCAUCACGUACGAGAUGAGCGCGGUGCAGGGCUUCCCGGCAGCGCUCGUGGCGGCGCGCAAGCAGUACGGCGUGAAGAGCAAGGAGCUGGCGGAUCGUGCGAAGGGGUGCAAGGAGCAGGCCAACAAAUCGGGCGUGGAACACAUCGAGGGCGAGGCCGAGGAGGAGAGGCAGCUGAGGUCGGACGCGGAGGAGUUCUGGACCAGCACGGUGGCAUCCAGCAACAUCCUGAUGCUCGGGGACGGUGAGUCGGGGGCGUGGGAGGGGACGAGCACCGACUAG